AUGAGGGUCUUCAUCGCCGUCGUGGUCGCAGCCAUCGCCUGCUUCGCCACAGUGGAGUCUCUGGUCUGCAACAAAUGCAGCAUCGGCCUCUUUGGAUAUUGCCUUAACGCUGCUAACGAGACGUGCGCCAACACCAGCAACGUCUGCUUCACCUCCAAGGCCGAGUUUCCCAGUGUUUCCAGUUUCGGCGGGUUCGUGAAUCAGGGAUGUGGCACAAACAGCUGCGGCGUCAACCAAACCAGCAGCGUCAACAACAACACUCUCCCCGUCAUCGGCGUGGCCUACACCAUCACCACCUCCUGCUGCUCCACAGACAAGUGCAACCCCGUGAACCUGUCUGGAGCCUCUGCCACCGCUGCCAGCCUCUCUGUGCUCAGUGUCGCCGCCCUGGGGGCAGUGUUUGGAAGCUACAUGCGCAGCGUGGUGCAGGGCGGCGUGGUGCAGGGCGGCGUGGUGCAGGGCGGCGUGGUGCGGGGCGGCGUGGUGCGGGGCGGCGUGGUGCGGGGCGGCGUGGUGCAGGGCGGCGUGGUGCAGGGCGGCGUGGUGCAGGGCGGCGUGGUGCAGGGCGGCGUGGUGCAGGGCGGCGUGGUGCAGGGCGGCGUGGUGCGGGGCGGCGUGGUGCAGGGCGGCGUGGUGCAGGGCGGCGUGGUGCGGGGCGGCGUGGUGCAGGGCGGCGUGGUGCAGGGCGGCGUGGUACAGGGCGGCGUGGUGCGGGGCGGCGUGGUGCAGGGCGGCGUGGUGCAGGGCGGCGUGGUACGGUGCGGGGAGUUGCGCGACGGAGCCAUGACGUCUGUGGGCAAGACUCUGAUCGUCCUCGGUGCUUUGAUAGCAGCAGCGUACGGCCUGAAGUGUCGUCAGUGCGUCGUCGGCAUCUUCGGCUCCUGUCUGUUUCCUUCUGAGAUCACCUGCAGCAACAGCACCUCCAACUGCUACACCGGAGAAGCACAGUUCAAUGCCACCGGUUCCCUGACGCUGCAUAACCGCGGCUGCCUGGACUCAGACCUGUGCGGAAAGACUCUGACGGGCUCCAUCCUCGGCGCCGGCUACACCUCCUCCUUCACCUGCUGCACCACCGACCUCUGUAACUCCGCCUCCUCGCUGUCCGUCACCGCGGCAACCAUGGUCAUGCUGCUCUGCUCCUUCUGGGCCUCGCAGUAG